CACUACUCCGCCAACCAGCUUGUCUCUAACAUCGUACCACGAGCUGCUGUCCCCUGCCCUGCCACAACUGUUCCGCCGCCCAUCAUGGCUCCUAAGACCCCGUCCAAGCCUCGCUAGGGCAAGCGUCCCCUAUCUAGGUCUCCCUCUGUUGCACGCCCGUCUAAGAGGCUAAUUAGGCCUAAUAAUAUUGUCAUGGACGAAGAAGAGGUUAACGCAAUACUUGUCUCUAACAACAAGGACAACGUUAAGGAAGUCUCUAAUAAGGCUAAGCAGUCUCCCUAUACUGCGCGCGCCCUUAGGUUUGCCAACCUAGAGGUUUGCACUAGCUGCGCUUUAGAGGGUUUUGCCUGCACGUUCUCUAGGGAUGCUCGCAAGAGGGGCGCUAAGGUUCGCAAGUCUGCUUGCGACUCUAACUACAAGGAGGAGAUUAACGCUAUGCUUGCCUAUCCUUGCCUAGAGGUUAAGUUCGCUAAGCGUACUACUCUAGCUUGUAAGGAGAUCCUUUAACAGCAGAAGCAGAUUAUAAGUGUUUCCCUAGGCUUUGUUCCUUCGUGCUUAUGGUUCUACAGCUUCUGUAUCUGUUGUCUCUUUAUGCGCACGUUCUUGACCUCAGAGCGUCCUUCCGCAAGCGUGUUGGCAUGGCGGCUCCUGUGACCACUUCUGCCGACAUCAUGGCCCAGCUCUAACUAGAGGCGGAGGCCCUAGUUGCAAAGGAGAAGGAGUGUCUUCAGGACAAGGAUAACAGGGUUC